CAAAAACCAAAAAAUGUAUGUUGGUGUGGCAGUGACAAAUCUUCUUGCCAAAAUAGGACAGUGCAGCUGUUUUCUUUCUUUUUUUUUUUAAAUAAGAACCUUAAUACCAACAUGCAAGUGUUUUGUUAUAGUUUUAAAGUAUAACAGUUUAAUCACGACAACCUUUUUUCAGAACCCUGACAUGUCUGGUCCUACCUGGCCUCCUCCGAAGACUCCGGGUAGCCCAGAGAGACCCGUCCCCCAGAUGUCCGACUCUGGACCAGCUGUGUACAGAGAGCCGCCCAAGAAGGUCUCCUCGGACACCCGGCCCAAGUAUGUGGUCCAUGACCAGAACAGAGAAGGAGGAGGAAUGGCCUCUAGGUACAUGGCUACCGGACCCACAGCUGGGCCCAUGCAACAGCACCACCAAGAGGACCCAAGGUUUCACCCUAAAUCUAAUGACGACUACUACCACCAACCACCUCCCCACGGUCUCAAAGAAGACCAGUCCUUGAACCCUCAUAUGGACAGAUUCCAGCUGAUGCACCGGGGACCUCCUGAGAAGCCGGUUGGACCCCAUUCCAUCAUAGAUGCAGAGAUUGCCUCGCUCACCUGCAUGCUGGAUGAUCUGGACAGCUAUUCACAAAACAGCACACAGCUGUACGACAACGUGCCUUACAACAAACGCAUCACAGGGGACCGCUCCAAACCCUCAGCCCAGACAGGAGCACCCUCUCAGAGCAGGUUGUUCAUGGGUCUCCCCCCUCACCCCCAACCCCAGUACCGUCCUACACCCCCGUUCCCCAGACAUCCCCUGUACUUUCCCCAGCCAGACUACGCCGACGCCCAGGUCUCCAAACCCUACCCCAAGCCUGUCCCUUCCUCCACCCCUACUGGCCCGAGGUUUAGCGUCCAGGACAAAACAGCCCAGCCUGUAACCUACUCCCAGAUGGGUAGGCAAGCUGAGCAGGGUUACUCCCCUCCCCCACACCACCAGCAUGCUUUGCGGCCCUCGCCCCAGAAUCAGACUGUCCCCCAUGGCUGGUACCCUUCCAACCCCGCUUCCCAAGCCCAGGAGCUGCACUCUGCGAGGGGUUACAAGGGGAGUGCCACAGGGUCUGGAGGGAGAGUCACCCAGUGCCCCACGUCUAAUAGAGGCCCGGAGACUAAAAAAUCAGUGUCAUGCUCGGCACCAAGCUUCGCCUGUCAGCCCAGUAAGCAGGGGUCAGCAGCUUUGAGAUCAGAGGAGGAGUUGGACCAGCUCACUAAGAAGUUGGUGUAUGACAUGAAUCAUCCCCCUACAGAAGAAUUCUUUGGUCGCUGUGCGCGUUGCGGUGACAACAUCCUUGCCGACGUUAGCGGCUGUAUCGCCAUGGAGCAGGUGUUCCACGUGGAGUGUUUCACUUGCGUCACCUGCCACACCCGUCUCGGGUGGCAACUGUUCUAUGCCCUGGACAAGCAGAGCUACUGCGAGAGCUGUUACAUUAGUACCCUAGAGCGCUGUUGCAUGUGCUACAAACUUAUCCGGGACCAUAUCCUGCGGUUCAUGGGCAAGGCCUUCCACCCUUGCUGCUUCAACUGCGUGGUCUGUGGCUGCUGCCUGGAGGGCGUGCCCUUCACCGUGGACGCCAACUACCAGAUCUACUGCCUAGACGAUUUCCACAGGAAGUUUGCCUCUUGCUGCUCAGUGUGUGGCCAGGCCAUCAUGCCUGAGCCGGGCCAGGAUGCGGCGGUCCGUAUAGUGGCACUGGACCGCAGCUUCCACGUCAACUGCUAUGUGUGUGAGGAGUGUGGUCUGCUCCUGUCGUCUGAGAUUAAGGGGCGAGGCUGUUACCCCUUCGACGGUCACAUCCUGUGUAAGGGCUGCAGCGCCCGGCGCAUCCAGGACCUCUCUGCCAUAUCUCCACUGACUGAUCACCAACUAUAGGAAGUCACCUCGUACCUUUAACAUAUGAUCCCUCAACCCUUCCAUUACUUUCACCUGCUCUGGGGUAGAAGUUGCCCUAAGUAAUAGAUCUGGAAUCAGUCCUACUCCUCUGAUUCAUAACCUUAACCACAAGGGGGAAAUGACUUGAGAAGAGUCUUGAAGGGCAACUUCAUCCCCCUUCACUUUCAUCCUUUCAUAGCCUUUUUUUAUUCUUCAGAUGCCCGAAGCUGAGGACUCCGUAGUAGUAGCCCUACUAUUGAACCUCAAACUGACAGUCUUCAAUUUGAAGUCAUUAUCACUUGACCAGGUUUAUUGGUACAGGGUAUUGAAACAUGGAUUGACAAUAGUUGACCCCUAUGCCCUAUUCUCUGCGUCAUACUAUCACAUAUUCUCUAUUCCUACUCCCUUCCCACUACACCCUAUUCCCAACCCCACAGUCCCAUACCAGUACUGGAUAGAGCCCCUGAUCUGCACCCCCCUCCCAAACCCUUGACUGCACCACUGCUCAACUCACACACUAUCCUUCAUGUUGCACACUGUCUCACACACACUAUCCUUCAAGUUGCACACUGUCUCACACACACUAUCCUGCAUGUUGCACGCUCUCAUACACACACACUACCAUGCCAGACACAGGUGGGACAUGGAAGGAGCUCUAUGGAAAAUAAAUAUUGAGGAAGAGGAGGAUAAUGACGAGGAAUACAAUGUGUUCCUGGCUGUGGGGUAACUGACCAGUCCAGAUAAUGGAACAUAUAUUUUUGUAUACCACUAAAGUCAAUAACAGUGCUGAACUGCCUCAUAAGCAAAGUUCAUAUAUGCAAGGUAUUUCUGUGACAGUUUAUAUUGCAGGUGGUUUUGGUUGUGGAGUGAAUGUGUUUGGAGACCUUUCAUUGGAGACCAAGUGGGUGUAGUCAGUGUGUUCAGUGAAUAGUUUUUAGAAAGUAGACGGAAAGAUUGGUUAGGGAAGGAGAUCACUGAAGUCAGUGCUUUAUUUUUGGAUGUUAAUACAAUAUGUAGGCUGUCAUAUAAUAUCUUGCACCGUAUGGCAGAACAUAACAUUAUUUUAUUCCACAGGACAGCAAUUUGUGUACUGCAUUUUAGAUCAUGUUACUUUUAUACCAGUCCAAACCCCAUCUUUUAAAAUGUGAAUGUGUUUUUCCGUUUUAACAUUUGGGUUGAUUUGAUAUGUUACAAUGAAGAUGAAUAAGGUGCAAUGAAGUGUUUGCCCUUAAAUUGCUGAGAAACUGGGAUCUCCAUGCUUGCCACGUGAGCUGAGAACAUCCUCUUAUGGGUUUUUGUUUAAGCUUAGCCUUAGGAGUUAGAGUUGUUGGCAAUGUUUAAGUAACUCUGACGUUGGAGUUAUUCACAUUGCAAUUUGGCCAUUUAGUUUGUCUUGCUGUCUUGUAAUAUAAGAACUGCUAGUAUGGUUUGAAGCUUCUCUUCCAACUACAAGACCCUUAAUAUCAAUUCUAUUGUUUUCUUUGUCCAGAAUCAUGUUUUGUUUCAGUACUUGAUUCUUCUCAUAGUAUAGGUCAAUGAGCACAAUGAUAUGAAGGUCCCUGUGUUGAGCCCUGAGUUUCACUUUUUAUUUAUUUCAACUCAUGUUGUACUGCUAUUGUCACUAAAUCGAUGUUCAUCUGUGAUAUUGAGGUUAAUGGUCAUCACUUGGUUUUCACUGUAAUUUUAUGAUCCACAGCAUCCUAUUGAUAAGUACUGCAGAAUAAUCAUAUUUGUCCAUGAGAGGAAUAAACUGAGCAGGUGGUUUGUACAAUUUGACUUGUGUUUGAAGGAGGUGUGUGAAUGAUUUUUUUUUUUUAGUAAAUU